AUGUCUGAUAGAGAAAAUAUUACUGACCAAGAAAAUAUUGACGAAUUUCAAAUUGAAGAAGUUUCUACUUAUCCAAUAAACAAUAAUAUUUUGUAUCGUGAACGUGUAAAUAAAGUCACUAAACGUAGCUUCAACUAUGUAAUUAUAAAAAAAGGUGUUUAUCCUAAUGGAACUCAAACUGGACCAAAGAGUCUACAAGAUUCAGUAAUUUGUAAAACAACUUGGGGACGUGCAUCCAAAAAGAAGACUAUUCGUUGUGAAAUUGAUUAUAUUAAUGAAAUACCACAAUUUCGUAUUAAAUACGGCUCCAACUUUCAAUAUGUUGUUUUUUCGAGCAAAUCUCCAUCUGAUGCAGCAUAUAAUUAUGAGAGAGCUUUAAAACCAGAAACAAAAGCUACUCUUUCAGGUCCUCUUGUGUUUGGAUUACAAUUAAAAAGUGUAAAAAAAGCACGUGAAUCCAGGAAAAGAGGCAAUUUAAUUAAACCAGCCAUCAAUUGUACUUCAUCAACGCUUGAAAAACGUGCAAAAAAAAUUGCAUCAAAAGUACGGGCUAAUUACGAAGAAGAUGAAAAUCAAAUGGAAAAAGAUUAUCAACUUCAAUCUAUAGUGAAAGCUAUAGAUCAAGGACAAAUACCAAGAGAUUCUUAUCGAGAUUUAGCUGCUACAGAGCAUCAUUUACCACGUGAAAAUACUGUUUCUAAUGAGCGAAUUGCAAUUACCAAACAUAUGAAUAAAAUAAUUAAAUUUUCGUUAGUGAAUAUGAAAGAUAAAAAUGAAUUAAAUAAUAUUACAUCUCAAGAACCAGAUAUUAUGAACCCUGAGAUUGUACAAGAAGUUAUUAAUACUAUGGGAUUAGGAAUUCGUCAUCCAAUUAUACAUCUGCGUGUUUCUGGAGAUGGUAGAAACGUUGGACGGAAGAUCAAACAUGUUAUGGUGAUAUUUAUGAUUUUAAACCAUAAAAAUCGACAUCACCAUGCAGAUUAUCAUUACACUGUUGCGUUAUAUCCUUGUACUGAAAAAUACGAUACGCUUAAAUUUAUGUUAAGUCUCUUUAUUAAUGAACUAAAAUCAUUCAAAGAAAAUGGGUUAGAAGUCUCAGGAAUUUUGUGGAAAUUUGAACUAUACUUCAGUUCCGAUUGGAAAUUUUUGGCUAUUUGUCUUGGAUUAAAUGGCCUUACUGCAAACUAUUUUUGCCCCUGGUGCUGUUGUUCAAAAAAUCAAAUUGGAGAUUUGAAUAGAAAUUGGUGUAUUGAAAAAAGUAUAGAUCAACUUAUAACAAACUAUAAUGAAAUCAACGGACAUAUUAAUCCUCCUUUCUUUAGUAUAAUUCCAAUAGAAAACAUAAUCUUUGAUGAAUUACAUGCUCUCUUACGAAUUACUGAUAGACUCUGGGAAUUGAUGCUUGCAGAAAUCCAAGAAAAUGAUGAAAAAUCUUACGUUUGGAAAUAUACAUCUCUUAUGGGAGAUGACAAAAAAACUGUUUUGCAGUUUUUUAAUUUAAAAUUACUCUUCAAACCUUCUCGUGUAGAAUUAAUUCGUAAGCUUUGGGAUGGAUUUUAUGAAUUGUAUUGUGCCCUCCGAAAUAAAAAUACAGAUCCAGCACAAUUAAAGCAGCAAUCUCUUGAGUGGUUAUCUCUGUUUCUCACUCCAUUACAAGGAAAUCCUUCUCAUCCAAAAACAUAUGUUCGAGGAUUAUAUAUGCUAAAUCAGAUAACCCCUUAUAUGCAUGCAUUGGUUUAUCACGGGUGA